CAAUAAUAACUAUAUAUACUGGGGUGCGUGCUUUUCUCGUUGCAUUGUUUGACUCCUGAACCGAACACGAUCACCAUGAACGCCCUGAUCAUCGCCGUCUUCGCCUGCAUGGCAGUAGCGUCCGCCUCCCCCUCAGGAUGGGGCCUAGGGGCCCCCGGAGCGAUCCUUGCGGCACCCGCCGCCGGCGCCCUUUGGGGUGCCCCAGUCGCCGCUGGUAUCCUAGGCGCACCCGCCAUCGGUCUCGGUGGGGCUGGUGUCGUUACCCGUGGAGGCGGCGUCGUCGGAGUCAGUGCCGCCGGAGCCACUGUCGCCGGCCCACCAACCGCCCCUGCUACUAUCAUCGGACCAUCUGGAACUGUCAGCGCCAAGGGGCUCUGGGGACCAACUCUGGCUGGAGUCGCUGGUGCUGGCUGGUAGACCUAAAGCAAUGCUUAUAAACUUUACGUAUUAGGUUUAGAACGUGGUGAUGUCGUCCUUCAGCUAAUGCGUUAACGCGAUAAUUACCGCAACGAAAGACUUGGUUCAUACCGAUAAUUGCCUCGAUACCUGACCCUUUUGUUUUGUUUUGUAAAUAAAUAACUAUAGAGCAAAUACUAGACAAUAAAUAUAUAAUUCGUAUGUG